AUGCAUCAUACGGAAGUGAUAUUUCCACCACUCCCUACUCAAUAAGAUUAGUUUAAGUUACCACAUUUAAGAUCUGUUAUCAUUAGUGGGAAUAUUGAAGAAGGAACUUAAGUCAGUGGAUAAAAUUAACAAAAAGCUAUUAAUGGAGUGGUCAUUUUUGAUAGCUUGAAAUUCUAUGCAGAGCCAGGGUCUAAAUCAGUAUAAUUUAGAGUAUUUUCUCCAAAUAUCAAUUCUGACAAAAUAAGAUAAACUUAUGGCCUUCCUGAAUCUGAAAUCAUCAAUUAUGAGCUACUUUCUAUUGAUUUUAAUGACUGUGAAAUCGGAGAAAUCAAAUCAGACAAAAUGUGUUUGAAAUGUGAGUAGGGAACUUACUCAAUAUCUUCAUCUUAAACUGAAUGUUAAUUAUGCCCUGAAUAUGCUGAGUGUUUCGGUGGAAGUGAUAUAUCUGUCUACUCAGGCUACUGGAGAAGUUCAAAUACUUCAUUGCAAAUUCACAAAUGCCUAAAUCCAGAAUCUUGCAUAGGAGGUCUAAUACAAAUUAGAGAAGAUGAUUAGAAUCAAUUAUGCGAUGUUGGAUAUGGAGGAAACUUAUGUCAAACCUUUGGGUUGAUCCCAAUAAUUUUGAUAAUUGCUUUUGCUCUGGCUUUUAACAUAUUCAUAUUGAUAAAAGCUUAAUUCAAGAAAAAAUUCUAUCAAUGGGUCUUUAUUAUGGCUGUUAUUGUAAUAUAUUUCACUCAUCCCACUGUGUCAAGGAAUUUGCUUCAAUUAUGGUUUUGUUAGGAGUUAGAUAAGGGUGAAUACUGGGUUCAAAAUGAUUUAUCUAUAAAAUGCUGGGAAGGGGAUCACCUCAGACUUAGUAUGUUAAUUGGAUUACCAUUUAUCCUGUUUUGGGUAGUUGGAGUACCUGUAUUCGGAUUUUUUUACCUUAAAAUACAGAACAAGAGAAAUCAUAGGAAAAAUUCAGCUAAAAUUUUAACCUUACCUAAAUCCUAUGAUAAAUGA